AUGCUUUCAUUUACCUUCCUUCUGUGCCUUAUCGCAACAACGUCUGCCUCGUGGUUCCAUAAAGCAACUAGUGAUGCAGAAAUACUGGAAAUCACCAAUGCUCAUAUAAAAGCUAUCCAAGUUGCGACACGGUCAAUGAAUGAAACGGCGACUCGGCAACUUUUUACUCUGGACUAUAACAAUCCAAAAAUCAAUAUCAACACUGUGAUGCUGGUAUGGGGCAGCUAUGACAGUAUCGUACCACUUUACGCGGAAUUCUUCAACGGACGUAACCCACCGUACUCCCAAUUUAUUGACACUAAGAUUUUGAUGAAGAAACCCGAACGAACAAUGGAUUUGUAUGUGACUUUGAGAAAAAGUAGCGAAAGUUCCACCGGAUGGACUGCGUUUAAUUUCACAUAAUUUUUAUUUUUUUGAAUAAUUAUUUUUCGGGGAACUUGGUUUUGAAUAAAUUUUUAA